AUGCAGCACUCCGCCACCAAAACCAUCGGUCCCCUGGCCGUUAUAACCGGCGCAUCGCGCGGAAUCGGCCGGGCGAUUGUGCAGGAAAUUUUACACAAACAACCAAACACGACUGUUCUCGCUACGGCGCGUGAUUUGUCCUAUUGGCGAGAGUCGACUUCUUUCGCUUCGGAAGAAGAAAAGACUCGGCUACACCUAUCAAAUGCAAAAGUGUCUGGGUCUGGAAGCUUGCCAGGUUUGUGAUGCAUAUUUUGGAAGACUCAUGAUGUCUGUGAUGCAUGCUAGAGCAUGACAGAUUUUUCGAGGCCUUUGUGAUGCCUCUACCGCAUGAGAAAUGCCCGCUCCACGUAGCACAAACUGGACUCCUUUUGCUGGUCAUGCAAUACAAAGUUUGUUAGAAUCCAGAGACAGCAUUACAAAUUUAGAAUCUUCCAGACCCGGACAUUUUUACAUUUGAUAACACCUGAUCGAGGGCGAUUUGACGGAGAACUCGACGGUGAAGCGGAUUUCUCAUAUCAAAUGUAAAAAUGUCUGGGUCUGGAAGGUUGCAACUUGUGAUGCUGUCUUUGGAAGGUAAAAAAAUCUGUAUUGCAUGACCAGCAAGAGGAGUUCAGUUUGUGCUACGCGGAGUGGGCGUUUCUCAUGCGGAAUACGCAUCAGAAGGCCCUUUAAAAAUUUGUGAUGCUCGGCCAUGCAUUACAGGCAUCACGGGUUAUGCAAAAUAUGCAUGACAAACCCGGCAAUCUUCCAGACCCAGACAUUUUUACACUUGAUAUCUCAAACCGUGGCGCAAUUAUUAGAAGACAGCAGGGGCUGGGCGUUCCAGGGCGACAUAUCAGGUGAAGAAUACGAUGAGGAAGGUAAUUACACUGCCGACAAUUUUUCCGUUCUCACCCGACCAAGGUGCCGGUUAGAUCUUCUAGUCCAUAGUUGCGGCACCAUUCACCCAAUUGUCCGCACGAGCAAUCUCUCCACUGAAGUUGAUGCCGAGAAGACAAUGGAUGACGUAUCCGGUGCAAAAGUAUCGUACUCGUAUAAAUGCAUUACAAAUUCCCUCAGCAUGAGCAAUAAAAUUUGUCAUGCGGAUUUACCUUAGCAAAAAAAUUUGUAAUGCAUGACUGCAAUUACUACGAGUGCGAUUGCGAUACUUUUGCACGGGAUAAGACGAGUCGGAAACCGAUGAGUUUCUGGAAGAAUUCAGAGACGCGAUGAACACAAUAUAGCGUUCUCAUCUGUUACAUUCUCAGCUGUAUACAACAUGAAUUUGUCAUGCAAAAGUACCUUAAGCCGGCAGAUGAUCGAGCUGCUUCGCAUGACAAAUUUCGGGAGGGCUAGACAGCAUUUAAAUCUGCGCCAAACUUGUGAUGCAAAAGGUGCAACCUUCCUCAGGAGGAAGGUUGCGCCUUUUGCAUUACAAAUUCAUGGAGGUCCUCAAGGAGGACCUCCUUUGACUUUUGCCAGUCUUGCAUUGCAAAUUCAUGCAACAGUUGAGAAUGUAGCGUUUGAGAAUGCGAUACACAAAUUUCUUCUCCGCGGUGGAGCUGACACAGAACCUAUUGCCUUUCUUCAAGGAAAACAGACUCAUCAAGACUUCGGCUGGUAGAACAGGGUUGUAUCUCCGAAACGGGACUUUCGUUGCGGACGCGUCAUUGUCGACGGAGAGUAGCGAUGAGGGUCAUUUGAAGCAGCAGCAGCGUCCACUGAUUCUGUUCAUGAACUCCGCCGCCGCGACGUUUUUCACAACGCCAGGUUGGGCGGCGUACUGCAGCACCAAAGCGGCACUAUUGCAGUACGCAAAAGUGUUGGCCAUGGAGAACAAUCACCAGGGCAUUGACGUCCUGUCCUUAGCGCCCGGACUGGUCGACACGGACAUGCAAAGGGACAUCGCUACAGAGGGGAAGAAACUAGUCGAUUCGGCGCCGAACACGUUCGAGGAAGAAUUACAGCACGACAAAGAAGGAAAGGAGAAAAAUAAAACGGUGAUGGACAAGGAGCUGUUAGAGAAUCUAGAAUCCCUCCGACUCAGGAAAGACAUGCGGAAGCCGAACUCGGUCGCGGAAAUUUGCUGCAGAAACAUCUUUAUGCAAUGCAAAAGCAACGUACUAGUAUGAAUUGCAUGACAAAUUUUUCCGGGAAGAAAAAUGAAGCUUCAAGUUUGUCAUGCAGUUCAGGUAACAAAGCAUAGCGCACCUGUAGUGCUAGACUCGCACUUAAUAUACGAGUACGAUACUUUUGCAGUGCAUAACCUUUUUUGAUAAAACCAUGAGAGAGAAGCUUGCGGAGAAAUUGAAAGGGUUUUUGAACGGGGAAUUAACGGAGCUGGUGGAUAUUGAGAAAGAGGUUUCUGAAAUCGAAAUUGCCGAUCUGGAGAUGCAGGUGUGA